GGAGGAUCAUGUAUGAUUGAAAUAGCAGUAGAUAACAGAACAGUGAAACGUCAGGAGGAAUCCUUGUUCCAGCCCGUGUCAGAGGUAGCGUUGGGGCCUAUAUUCCUGGGGGACGUCCCCUCCCAUAGGGACCAGCCUGCCAGCACCAGGGAGGUGACGGGUUUUGUAGGCUGUAUUAGGGAGCUGCAGGUCAACAAUAAGGACAUCUACAUAGCAGGAGAGGCACUGGGAGGGAGGAACAUCCACAACUGUGACACACCUGUCUGUCAGCACCUGCCCUGCCGCAAUGGAGGCACCUGUGUCAGCUGGGACGAGACCGUCAUGAUCACACUGACCACCACAUGGAAGGAGACGAAGAAGAUCAUCAGAGGACCCUCGCUGUUUCAACUUCUCAAGUAG